AUGAUGAUAGAAAGAGACCCACAUUGUGAUUCAUCUACUGAAAUAAAUGUUUUAUUAUUGGGACAAACAGGUGUUGGAAAAUCCACAUUUAUAAAUGGUUUAGCAAAUUAUUUUUGUAAUGAUACAUUAGAUGAAGCCGUUAAGGAUCAAAUCCAAGCUAUUGUACCAUCUUCAUUUAGUUAUACUGAUGAUGAUACUUUUGAAGAAAAACAUAUUAAGAUUGGACAAAUAACUGAAUCGGAAAAUUGCAACGAUAUUGGUCAAUCAUGUACACAACAAUGUCAAAGCUAUAUUUUUCGAGUUGGUAAUAGAAAUUUACGCAUAAUUGAUGCACCAGGAAUUGGAGAUACGCGUGGUCUUCAGCAAGAUAUUAGAAAUUUUCAGGAAAUUUUAACAUUUAUUUCUCAAUAUGAACAUUUAAAUGCAAUUUGUAUUUUACUUAAACCAAAUGAGGAACGUUUAACAAUACUUUUUAGGUUUUGUGUGAAUGAACUUCUUCGACAUUUACAUAUAAGUGCAUGUGAUAACAUUAUAUUUGUUUUUACGAAUGCUCGUUCGACAUUUUUUAAACCCGGAAGUACAUCAACAAUUCUUAAACACCUUUUAAGACAACAUCAACAACAGCAUGGUGUUGAUGUACCUUUCACAAACAAAAACACUUUUUUAUUAGAUAAUGAACCAUUUAGAUAUUUAGCAUUGCGACUAAAUGGGAUUCAAUUAAAUAAUGAUCAAGAAUUAAGUUAUCGAAAAAGUUGGGAUCAUACUGUUAAAGAAUAUUCUAAGCUUAUAUCUUAUAUAGCAGAAUGUCCACUUCAUGCUGUUAGUAAUACACUUUCACUUAAUGAAGCUGAACAACUGGUUAGAAAACUUACACGUCCAAUAGCUGAAACAACUAGACUUAUCCAACAAGAUAUUCAACUUGCUCAACAACAUAAAGAAAAUGUUCGUAAAGAUCCCCAAAUAGCUUCUCAAGGUAUACCACAAAAUCAAGUUUUAAUUUGUCGAUUAGACCAUCCAAGAACUGUAUGUACUAAUGAGAAAUGUUGUCGAUCUAUUACUAUUGACAAUCAAACAAAAAUUGAAUAUAUAUCCAAAUGUCAUGAACAUUGUUAUUUGAAAAGUGUCGUACAAGAAACUAUUAAUGAUCCAGGAAUGAGAGAAUGUGAAGUUAUAGAUUAUCGUACAGGUAACAAGAUUUUUUCAUUCUCACUUUCAUUAAAAUUAUUAUUUUAUUACUCAUGA